AUGCUCCUCCACCUCACCGCCCUCCUCCUCCUCCCCCUCGGCGCGCUCACCGCCGCCGUCCACCCACCCCAAAGCCAAGCCGUCACCCCGCGCGCCGUCUCCCCCGACAACACCUGCGGCGCGGACCACUCGGGCUACACGUGCCCGGGCGCGCUGCCCUGCUGCUCGCAGUACGGCUUCUGCGGCGCCACCGAUGCCUUCUGCCUGACCACGGCCAAGUGCCAGACCCGCUUCUCCAACUCGUCCGCCGCCUGCCACGCGCCCGUGCCCGGCACGAGCGUGUCCAUCGAUGGGACGUGCGGCACCGAGGGCGCGGGCAAGGAAGGCUAUCGCUGUCCCGGGAACGCGACCGUGACGAGUUGUUGUAGUGCCGCGACACCACGAGAAGGUGCCAGCCAAUCGUCCUGGAUCAGUCAAAACUUUCCGACUGAUACCUCCACACAAGGCCACUUGCCCAAGGCUUCGCAGGCUGCCCCCAUGAGGGUGCUCAGUGUGCUCAGUCUGCCCUUGGUAACUGAGCUCACUGAUCACUGUCGAGCUGUUGUUAUCCUGAUUGGUGAUCUUUACCUGGUGCUCAGUGUGCUCAGUCUCGGCUUGGCGACUGAGCUCACUGAUCACCUCGAUCACCUUCCUGGCUCCCUGAUUGGUCCUUCUAAUGAUUGCCUCGGGGCGUCCCGCGACCCGAGGUCCCUCCUGUUGGCAUAUUCGUGA